AUGAAUGCAUCGCAUACAGAGUUUAUAGAAAGCUAUAUUGAUUAAAGCAAUAAUUAUAGCAAAACGAAACAAAUUGAUAAAGCAGUAUAAAAUAAUGGAAUACAUAUGAAAUAAUAAUCCAUCCUAAGAUAUCUAGUUUUAUUUUUGUCCAUCUGGAUAAUUAUUCCUUCAUUUUAUUGCUUCGACUAACCAGUGGCAAUAUAUAAAACUCUUUAAUAAUUGUUUUAAGAAGAUUCAACGAUAAAUUUCGACUUGUAUUUUGCAUCUCUUUACAUAAUCUAUGCCUUUGGGAAUGCAUUUUUGCCUCUUUUCACAGGAGGAAUGAGAGAUUGUCAUGGAGACAGAAUAAUUAUGACUUAUAUAGUAGUUAUUAUGAUAGUAGGAUAACUGACUUUCACAGUAGGAGUUUAUUUUAAAUCGUUUUUAUUGAUGAUCUUAGGUAGAUUACUUUUAGGUUGGGGUAUUGAGUCAUUGUUACCAUUAUGGGCAUCUUUUUUGGCCCCCUUUUUUAAGAAUAGCAUUUCAAUAGUUUUGAGUAUUUUACAACUAUUUUCAUAAAUCGGUUUAGUGCUAUCUAUAUAUCUAACUCCAAUUAUUUAAAAAAAAUACAAUUUGAUGGCAUCCUUAAUAAGCGGAAUAGCAUUCAUAUUAUUUGGCUAUAUUUUAUUAUGUCUUGGCUUUUUAAUAGAUAAGAAGUUGGAAAACGAAAAUUACUUGUCCUCCUAUAGACAGCUUCAACCGAGCAGUGACAUUAUAUUAGCAGAAGAUACAAAAAUUAUUUAUAAACUCUAUUUCUUUAAAUUUAAAGAUUUUAAGAUUUUCCCAUAAAUGUUUUGGCUACUUUUAGCUUUUAAUUCAGUUUUUUAUUGCUCAAUAGUCACGCUUGUGAAUGUAUCUAUGUAUGUUAUGGCGUCGGUUUUAUUUGACAUUAAUAAUCAAAUUGAAGAACUAGAUAUUGCAUUAUUUUGGAUGUUAGGUUGUUUAUCACUAUUUAUUAUCGGUCCUUUGGUCUAAUAUUUUACCUAUAGAAGGUAUUUGAUAAUAGUUUCUGUUAUAAUUAUCAUUAUUGGACAUAUAUAAUACUUAACCUCACCUCAUAUAGGUCUAAUUAUUUUAGCAGUUGGCUAUUGUUUAUCUUUUGUUUGUACUUGGAGUGCAAUUAUCUACAUUAUUAAGAUGAAAUCAUUUGGCAAAGCAUUUGGCCUUACAGUAGGAUUUCAAAAUUUGAUUUUUGUGUUUAUGCCUUUCUUGCUGGAUAUUGUAAAUAGAAAUAUCAUGGGAACUUUUAAAGUUUUAAUAUCAUUUUCUUUAUUUGCUUUAAUUAUAGCAAUUCAGAUUCUAGUUGAAGAUAUAAGAUGUUUCAACAUUUUAGAUAAUAAAUUGGCUCCUAUGCAAUUUGCAAAAUUUAAUAAUGCAAGUAAUGAAGAAAAUAAUAAUAAUGAUACUGAUUUAUUUGCAGAAUACUUAGAAAAGCCACAAUGA